GGUGGUAAUGGCGAUUCAACUGGUGGCGGAGGUGGAGCCGUAACAACAUUGAACGAAAAUCAACUUUCUCGCUUGCGGCUUAUCCUAAAACCUUUCAUGCUUCGUCGGGUAAAAGCGGAGGUGGAGCAUGAAAUCACUGAAAAAACAGAAGUUUUAAUCUACUGUCCUCUGACAAGACGUCAAAGCCUCCUCUACAAUCGACUGAAGAGUAAAAUUCGAAUUGAAGAUCUCAACUCAACUGACGGUUUUACAAUUCGCAAUGGCGGAGGCGGUCUUCAAGAAGCAAAUGGUCAACAGGAGAGCAAUCGUCUCAUGAAUCUAGUCAUGCAAUUGCGAAAGGUCUGCAACCACCCUGACCUCUUUGAUCGUCGAGACGUCCGGUUUAGUUGCACUUCUGUUCGCCCCUUUGAAGCCGCGGGAGGAAAUGGGUUCUGGUGGGUUCCAAAACUCCUUUUUGAUGAGGGACUUGUUUAUGGACAAUCGUGGAGAUGCCUUCCAGGGAACAUCGAUCUCGGAGCAUGUGAAGGGAAGAUGUGUUUGAUUUUCCAGCAUUUUCUCCUCAGUCAACUAGUGCUUUCAGUCUGGAAGGGUCUUCAGAGUGUAUACCAGGUUCCUGAAAGCCCCGAUCCUGUGUACACUAUCACAUCGGACGGUACUGCGUUCGAGAUGGAAGGAAAAUGUCGAAUUCUACCUCUAAAGCAAUCAACUGUUGCGGAGAGAGCAUUGUUAGCUCGUAUUCAAUACCCUGGAUUUGUGUAUUCAGCAUUCAUGCUACCCGUGAGUAUUUUUUUUUAUAAUCUUUUGUGUCAAAUCGGUAUCAAUAACGGGGUGAACGUGCAGUUGUAA